GCCACUUUCCUUCUCAUCCAAAGUGUGUUACAUAAAGUACCAGGAGCCGAGUAGUGUUGGUGUGGCCCAGCAUUUAACCAAUACUGUGUUUAUUGACAGAGCUCUAAUUGUUGUGCCAUGUGCAGAAGGUUAGUAACAUCUGGGUAACGUUCCUGUUUCUUAUAUUCACAGAAGGCUUGAAGGGUUUCCUGCAGAAUCACUUGUCUUGUCUGACAUUUUGCUUUCUUUGUGUUUUGUCGGUAUAUUUAGUGGAUGGAGUAAUAUUCGGGAAGCUUGAGUUGUGUAAUAGCGAAAUGGACACUUGAUGUCGAUGUUGUUUAGCUUGUGUGUGUGUGUGUGUGUGUGUGUGUGUGUGUGUGUGUGUGUGUGUACAUAAAAUAUGUUUGAUGGUCUCAGGUAUGCGUAGUUCAUUAAUUUCACAGUGCAACCAUUCACUGUCUCUAUAUAACAGGGGUAUUCAGCUCAAAUUCAUCCAGCUAUGUAAAAUUCCUUGUUUGCAAAAGGUUUUUAUAAGCGACGUGACGGUUUCCUUUUUACCGCGUAACCAUUAAUGAUCAGUUUAAGGCUGGACAUCAGUUUGAAAUGGUUGUGUGGGGGUUUUUUCACACUGGUGCAUCACGUUGAUGUGUUUUUAAACUUGAAGCAGUGAAUAAAUUCGCUUCCGUCCAGUCAACUUUAGCCCUAUUCAGACCGGAUUCAAUUUACAUGCGGUCCUGGGGUCAUUUCCUAUUUUACAGGUUCUCCUCUAUGAUCUUAUUCCCAUUCCGAUCCCAGAUUAUCACUUACUGUUUUCCCUCCAACCUCGGAGGCCGUGUGAUCGCUUUAUUCUCGUCCGGAUACACGUUUGUGAUUUUCCUAUGCCUUUACUUUGUCUGCUGCUACGUAUCAGUGGCCCAGAUAUUAAACACUUCCCGAGUCGUGAAACGAGAUUACGGAUGCGUCUUGUAUAUUUUGUGAAUAUUGUUUUAACGUCUUUUCGCCCCAAAGUGAAAUGAGAGCCUGCGUCUUUUCAACCGAUCGGACGGCAUGUUGUGAAUGGAGCGCGGUCGUACGGCCACGUGACGCAGACAUCCGGGUUCGUAGAAAGUACAACCCGCUAGAAACUCGCUCCUCCUGUGGUCAUUUUAUUGCCGUCUGGAUGCAAGAGCUUUAUCGCAGAGGAGAUGUGUAAAAACUUAUUACAGAUGUCCCCCUGAGGAACUGAUCCAGUCCCAAUAGGGCUUUAGUCGUCAUAAUCGUAACCAUCGUUGACUUUUUAUUUAUUUAUUUAUAACUAGCCGUGCUAGUUCUCUAAUCAGACCAGAGGAUUAUAAAAAUCUGUGUUAAAAAAAGUUUAUAAAAUGCCCCUUUCUUGAUGAGCUGCCUUCUGCUAAAUAAUUUGCAUAAACGCACGUGAUUGGCUGAAGAGUCCAUACAGGAUCGCGGCGAGUUUUUUUUGUGUGACUGUCGCGGCCAAAAACGUGUGAUUUUUCGCUACGGCGUUUUACUAAAUUUGCGGAUUUUUGUGCUUUUUUUUUUAAUGUAUUUUUUUGUUUUAUUUGAAUCGGCGAAAUUAAAAUCGCACGAAAUCGUUCUGCGCGGUCUUUCGCAGCGAUGUUUGUUUGGUAAACGACCUUUUCUCUGUACUCGUGUUCGACGCACGUGAAUCGAAGAGGCGCGUCGUGAUGACGUCACGCGACGCGUCUCGGAACAAAUCUGCGGAAAACCCGCGUUAAUUCUGAAAAAUUGCAAGCUCCUCCGGAUAUCGCGGGGUUCGCUUGAGUUCGCGUUCACUUCUGUGAUCCGGGCGGGACCGGGUGAAAUGAGGAUCUGCUACGGAAGUCGUGUUUAAAAAAUACUAGACCUUACGGCCAUUUAAAAAUAGUUUUGUUUUUUUUAAUACAGCGAUUGGUAUGAUCCGGGUUUAUCCGCUGAAACACCUCGUUGAACCGCGAUCGGUCCGCCAGUUGACGACCCCUGCUAUAGAACACGAUUAAUGGGUUAAAGCACAUAUACUCUAUUUCAUAGCACUGUAGGUGUACGAAGCCUUUUUGCUUUUUCCUGAUCAAGAAUUAAAAUGUAAUAAUGUUUUAGUGUCUGUGUGGAUCGGUUGUAUUGCAAGGUGGUCUGUGAUUUAAAAAAAAAAAAAUUAACUUUUUUUUUGCGCUCAAGGUUAUGAUUAAAGGCUACGUGUGUGUGUGUGUGUGUGUGUUGUGGUGUUAAUGUUGUGAAACACUCUGUCAUGGCUGUACGUGAGUAACUAGGCCUAUCUAACCAACCUGUUUCUUUUUUCUUUUUUCUUUUUUUUCCUUUUAUUUAUUUCUUUUUUUGACCCAAAUGAAGAAAUAAAAAGUAUGCAGUGUUGUUAAUAAACGAUGGUAUCCUAAAUGAGCUGAUCUGUCCCUGGAAUUGAAAAGAAAAAAAAAAAACAAACACAAAAAAACAACAAAACAUUGCUUGUCCUCGUGACGUGCAGGAUGGCUUACUGCGUUAAUUAAUUUGGUUUCUGUAUGUUUUUUCUGUGUUGAUUAUGUGUGCAUAUCAGAUGACUAGAGUGGCCCAGGCGUUACAGUACUACACUAGCCUGACUCAAGGCUUUGUUUUCCAAGCCACUAAACCCGCUGGGGCCCACGCUGCCUUCAAGGGGGGAUUGUGACCAGGAGCGUAGCCGCUGAACCUUCCAAGAUGGACACCUUGUCUCUUUUUUUUUUUUUUUUUUUUUUUUUUUUUUCUGUUUCUUUUCCUUUUGUCUCUUUUAUUUUUUUUUCUCUGACAUUGUGUCUUGCCUCUUCGAAGAGGCUGUUGCAUAUUUCAUUGUGUUUGUUUCUUUUUUUUUUUCCUUUUUUUUUUUUUUUUUCUUCUGUCCCCAAGUCCCCACCAUUCCUCCUCUUCCCUAUGCAGUUGUCCACUUUUGCGUGUCUCUCAAAGCUGUCCAGGUUGGCAUCCAGUAAUGGAGGGGAAUUUGAACGGUACACAGGCAGCCGUGGCUGGCGAUUAAUUCUGAUCUCUGUGUCUAAUCUCUCUCUCUCUUUCUCUCUCUCUCUCUGUCUCUCUCUCUCUCUCUCUCUCUCUCUCUCUUUUUCUGUCGGCAUUGCCAUGCUUUCACUUUGACUUAAGGAUCCUGUAUGAUAACCACAAAUGAGUACUAUAUUAACUUGAAUUAACCUCUACUUAAGAACUAAGGAAGUUACAGAUUAUUGGCUAUUUGCUUAAAAGGAAUCAGAAUUUUUUUUUUAUUAUUGAAUCAGUUCAAUUCUAAUCUAUCUACGUGCUUUCCUCACCCAACACUAUCAGUUAUUAGACAGUCUUUCACUCGGCGCAUGCAAGAAUGAAUUAGACUAGCAGAGUUAAUAAAAAGAAAAGGAAGCUGCUUUAAUGUUUUUUUCCCCCCUGAGUUAAACUUUUGCAGGGGGGAGAGACGGGAUUUUUGAAAGACACUUAAAAUGUUCUUCUCUUCUGUAUCUGAUGUUCUGUGUGCUAUUAGUGAUGCAGCCAACAUGAACGGUUGUCUUGUGUUGCACACCCUUUCCAACACUGCGACACGAUUGCCCCAAGGAGAAAAGCGCCCAUGCAUGAUAUCGUAUGGUUCAUGCCCAUUAUGUUUCCAGUACAGGAAAGAUCCCAGAGGAAGCCAAGGCUCUGUCCCUUCUGGCACCCGCAGCCCCAGUGCCCAGUUUGAUGCCCGGCGGAGGACUGCUGCCCAUCCCCAGCCCUGCCCCACUGCAGAACCAGUUGGGUUUGCCGCUGGCAGCACGGGCCCCACUGCACCUCGGGCUCGACUCGCCGCUGAGCGCCAUCUCCUCUCAACCCCCCAUCAUGGGCAACGUGGACCCUUCCAAAAUCGACGAGAUCCGCAGGACGGUGUAUGUCGGCAAUCUCAAUUCUCAGACCACCACGGCAGACCAGCUGCUGGAGUUCUUCAGGCAGGUCGGCGAGGUGAAGUUUGUGCGCAUGGCAGGAGACGAGACUCAGCCGACGCGCUUUGCCUUCGUGGAGUUCGCCAACCAGGACUGUGUGGCUCGAGCGCUCGCUUUCAACGGAGUCAUGUUUGGGGACAGACCUUUAAAGAUCAACCAUUCCAACAACGCCAUUGUGAAGCCUCCGGAGCUGACUCCUCAGGCUGCUGCUAAAGAACUGGAGGAUGUGAUGAAGCGCGUGAGAGAGGCUCAGUCCACCAUAGCGGCAGCCAUCGAGCCAGUAGAGGACAAAAAGCGCUCAUCCAGCAGAUCCAGGAGAUCAAGAAAGUCCCAUUCCAGAUCUCGCUCUCAUUCCCGUUCUCGCUCGCAAAGGAAACGCUCCCGAUCCAGACACGGGGGCCGGCCGUCUCAGAGCGCGUGGAGGAGGACGGCUGACUCGCACAAGAGACACUCCAGAGACAGGAGAUAUAGCCGCUCACACUCCAGAGAAAGGCGGAAAGACAGGGAUGGGAAGAUGAGGAGGGGGGCUGAUGCUGACGAUAGGAGAAGGGACAAAAAGGGAAGAAUGCCUUUUAAAGGUUACAGAGGAUCCUCGAGAUCCCCCAGCAACAGCAGGGGACACAGGAAGAGGAGCAAAUCACGCUCCAGAUCUGUAAGGAAGAAAGCAAGGUCUCCAUCACCAAAAAGAGGAAAGAAAGACCGGAGGAGAGAACCUGGGCGGGACAGCGGUAGGGAGUGGAGAGCGAGAUCAACAUCCCGGAGGAGGAGCAGAGACUCGGACAGGCAGAAGAGCAAAGCCAAGUCCAAACAGACGGAGAGCGGGUACAAGCAGAAGGAACAGGACUACGAGAGCGAUGGUGAAGACAUGGGUGGAUCAGGUGUCAGCGAAGACUUUUCUCCUCACGCCCAUCACAACGGCGAGUACAGCAGCAUGCACGCAGACGAGGGCGAGGACUUCUCCAGAGCUGAGUAAAACCCACUAACUGAAUUACGGCGAGCCGACACUUCACCAGGGUUCACAUACUUGAAAUGUUCCUGUUCUUCUUUGUACAGUGUUUUUUCUCUUUUUCUCUCCAUCAUGCUGUUAAGAUUCUUCAAACUAUUUUUUUUUCUUUUUCUUUGUGCUACUUAUAGUACGAGAGCUAUAUUGAAAUAUCCUGUAUGCUUGUGUGUGUGUGUGUGUGUGUGUGUGUGUGUGUGUGAGAGAGUAUAUAUAGAUCCAGAUUUCUAUCUCCUUUCUUCUGUUUUGUCAUUUUUAGAUAUGAAGCACCUCAUGGACCUGCCUCAAUACUCGUCACACUAUCUAAUAUCCUGACUUUUUACUAGAAUCCAGGGGAUCAUUUCUUUUACACUCAUUUAUUGAUAUAGUUAUGCAAAUGCCCUCAGUUAUUAGGAGUAUAACCUUAGUAAUAACAUGUUAAAGGAAAUACGGGGGGGGAGACGACACACAUAGUAUGUAAAAAGUGCCUGGGGGAAAAAGAUGCACAUAUUAUGUAUAAUUAUAAAACAUAGAUAUAGCUUGUGCAUUUAUCUCAGUAACCCAUUAACAAGGCUAGUAGUCAGUGCUUUUUAGAUGUAUUUUUUGCACAGUAUUUUGCAUAAACCAGUAAAUAAUGAUGAGGUAUACAGUACUAUUACUGUACAGUGUUACUAAAACCGUCCGUCGGAUUUUUUCAGCUGGGUUUUCUUUUUCCCCCAUCAUGUUUUAUGUGCAAGUCUUUAAAAUUGAAGGAAGAAUUGGUGAUAUCUGACUGUAAAAAAUAAAUAUAUAUAAUAUAUAUAUAUAUAUAUACACACACACAAAUAUAUAUAUAUAUAAUAAAAAGUGUGUGUAUAUAAUAUAUAUAUAUAACUGAUUUGAGUUCUAUAUUGUCUCAUCCAAAUUUGGGAACCUUACAAUGAUCCUGAAAAUAAAUUUUUUUUAUAUAGUUUUGUUUAUUCAAAUAUGUAGUUUGGCCAUACAUGUAUGUAUACUGUAUAUAGUUGAGUACAGAUGUUUGCACACCCUUAGGACAAAAUGAUGAUUAAAUGAAAAUAAGAAAAGCUAAAAAAAAAAAAAAAAAAGUUAAUUUCAAUAAUGAAGGUUUGUAGUGUAUGUUGUGACAUUAAUAGAAGGGGGGAACGUUUGCAUUUCUUUCCACGCGUGUGAUUCUUCUCUGCAUCGUCAUCUAAUCAGUUCUGGAGUCACUGGAAAUUUCUUUUUAAACUGUUUUGGAUUGUUGUCUAAUCGCAGGACGUGCCCAUGUGUGUUUCGUAUUUACCUUCCUAGAAUUGUAUUUUGUUCUUGAACUGUAAAACAAAGAUACGUUUCACUUUUUUUUUUUUUUUUUUAAACAUUAGAAAAACAUAGGGGGAGUAAACUUUUAAAAAAAUAAAAUAAAAAUAAAAAAAAAAACACCUCAAAUGAUCAAGACGAAGUGAUGGUUCUUGACCUAUAUUCUUCUGUGUUGUGUGAUUCUGUGCAUACAUUUGACCUAUUUUUGGAAAUGAAUAAAUAUUCCCUGAUACAUAUUAAAGAUGAUGUACUUUAAACGCAA